UUUCCCAGGAAGACAGGAUGUGGUACCCGGGCGUCCUCUCAGCCCUGUGGCUCCUCUCUGUCAUGCUGCUGGCAUGCCUGCUGCUCUGGCUCAGAAAGAAAGCGCAAGCUGGUGAUGACCUCUCAGCCUCUGAAUGUGAAAGCAAGACAUCCCAGAACUCUGAUCCGGAGGGAGAUGCUGCCAGCUUCGGAUCCAGGACCAUGGCACAAACGGCUACCGUCGACCCCACCAAACUGGGAGUGGGUCGGUCCAUCGCCGUGCUGACCUCCGGAGGAGAUGCCCAGGGUAUGAAUGCAGCUGUGAGGGCCACAGUGCGAGUGGGACUCUACACUGGAGCCAAGGUGUAUUUUGUCCAUGAGGGUUACCAGGGUCUGGUGGAUGGAGGUGACAAUAUCCGCCCUGCUACUUGGGAGAGCGUGUCAAUGAUGCUGCAGCUGGGUGGGACUGUGAUCGGUAGUGCCCGCUGUCAGGAUUUCCGCACCAAAGAGGGACGCGCCAAGGCUGCUUGCAACUUAGUCAAGCUGGGCAUCACGAACCUGUGUGUGAUUGGAGGUGAUGGCAGUCUGACAGGUGCCAACCAGUUCAGAACAGAGUGGCCUGAGCUGCUGGCAGACCUGGUCAGAACUGGUAAGAUCACGUCAAAUGAGGCCAAGAGUUCCUCCCAUCUCAACAUCGUUGGCAUGGUGGGAUCCAUUGACAAUGACUUCUGUGGCACUGACAUGACCAUCGGAACGGACUCUGCCCUGCAUCGCAUCAUAGAGAUAGUGGACGCCAUCACCACCACAGCACAGAGUCACCAGAGAACCUUCAUCCUGGAGGUGAUGGGCAGGCACUGUGGUUACCUGGCUCUGGUGACAGCUCUGGCCUGUGGCGCUGACUGGGUGUUUAUCCCAGAGAUGCCCCCAGAGGAUGGAUGGGAGGAGCAUCUGUGCAGAAGACUGAUGGAUCAAAGAGGACGUGGUUCCCGUCUGAAUAUUAUCAUUAUUGCAGAGGGCGCAAUCAAUCGCAAGGGAAAACCAAUCACAUGUGAGGAAGUCAAAGAGCUGGUAUCAAAGAGGCUAGGCUUUGACACCCGUACCACCAUCUUGGGCCAUGUCCAGAGAGGAGGAACCCCUUCUGCCUUUGACAGAAUUCUGGCCAGCAGGAUGGGUGUGGAAUCUGUGAUGGCUCUGCUGGAGGCCACACCAGAGACUCCUGCAUGUGUGGUCAGCUUGUCUGGAAACAUGGCUGUCAGGCUGCCUCUAAUGGAGUGUGUGCAAGUGACUAAAGAUGUCACUACAGCCAUGGCUGAAGGGAGAUUUGAAGAUGCUGUGAAGCUCAGGGGAAAGAGCUUUGAGAACAACUGGAACACUUACAGAAUGCUGGCUCAUGUGCACCUUCCAGACAAAAAGAGUAACAUCAAUGUUGCCAUAUUGAACGUUGGAGCUCCGUGCGCUGGAAUGAACGCUGUUGUACGUUCAGCUGUCAGAAUCGGGAUCCUGCAGGGCCACCAGAUGCUGGCAGUGCACGAUGGCUUUGAGGGGUUGGCUCAUGGAAUGGUUGAGCCUAUUGGCUGGUCAGGAGUGGCAGGAUGGACUGGAAAGGGGGGCUCCAAUCUGGGCACAAAGAGAAAUCUGCCUGCUGAGUUCAUGGAGAAGAUCAGUCUGAGCAUCACUAAGUUCAACAUUCAUGCUAUAAUCAUCAUUGGAGGAUUUGAGGCGUUUUCCGGUGGUCUGCAGAUGGUGCAGGCUAGACAGAAGUAUGAGGAGCUCUGUAUUCCCAUUGUGGUGGUUCCUGCCACUGUCUCCAACAAUAUUCCUGGAUCCGACUUCAGUGUUGGAGCUGAUACUGCGCUUAACACUAUAACCAUGACAUGCGACAGGAUCAAACAAUCCGCUGCUGGCACCAAGAGAAGAGUGUUCAUUGUUGAGACUAUGGGAGGACACUGCGGCUACCUGGCAACCAUGGCUGGGCUGGCAUCUGGAGCUGACGCUGCUUACAUUUAUGAGGAGCCUUUCAACAUCCAUGACCUAGAGGUGAAUGUGGAACAUCUGGUGGAGAAGAUGAAGACCACUGUGAAGAGAGGGCUGAUUCUGAGAAAUGAGAAAUGCAAUGCCAACUACACCACAGACUUUCUCUUCAACCUGUAUUCAGAGGAGGGCAAGGGUGUGUUCGACUGCAGGAAGAAUGUGCUCGGACAUAUGCAGCAGGGUGGAACACCAAGUCCCUUUGACAGGAACUUUGGCACCAAGAUGGGGAUCAAGGCUGUGUUGUGGUUGACUGACAAGCUGAAGGAAUGCUACAGACACGGUCGUAUCUUUGCCAACUCUGCUGACUCAGCCUGUGUGCUGGGCAUGAGGAGGAGAGCUUUGGUCUUCCAGCCUCUGGCAGAACUUAAGGAAGAAACUGACUUUGAACAUCGUAUACCAAAGAAGGAGUGGUGGCUAAAACUGAGGCCCAUCCUGAAAAUCCUGGCCAAAUACAAGAUCAACCUGGAUACCAGUGAAAAGGCAUCGAUGGAACAUGUCAUCAAGAAGCGAGGAUUAGUUCCUGAAGUGUGAUUAUUCUUGCCAUCAGGACCUGACAUGACCUGAAUGUCUUCUGUUCCAAGUACUUUAAAGUCUGUUUCUGACAAGUGCAAUAUAAAUAAAGCCGAUAAUUAUAUCCCAAAAAAACAUGCAGCAAC